AAGCCAUAUAAGUGCAUGGAGUGUGGAAAGAGCUUCAGUUUUAAUAGUUCUCUUACUAUUCAUCAAAGGAUCCACACAGGAGAGAAGCCAUAUAAGUGCAUGGAGUGUGGAAAGAGCUUCAGUUUUAAUAGUUCUCUUACUAUUCAUCAAAGGAUCCACACAGGAGAGAAGCCAUAUAAGUGCAUGGAGUGUGGAAAGAGCUUCUCUAAAAACAGUUCUCUUACUGUUCAUCAAAGGAUCCACACAGGGGAGAAGCCAUAUAAAUGCAUGGAAUGUGGAAAGAGCUUCCAUGGAAACAGUUCUCUUACUGUUCAUCAAAGGAUCCACACGGGGGAGAAGCCAUACAAAUGCAUGGAGUGUGGGAAGGGCUUCAGCCAACACAGUAACCUAAGUUCCCAUAAACGGAUUCACGCAGGAGGGAAGCCAUAUAAAUGCACAGAGUGUGGAAAAAGUUUCACUAAUGGCUGUUCCCUCAAAUCUCAUAGUAGGAUCCACACAGGAGAGAAGCCAUAUAAAUGCUUGGAAUGUGGGAAGGGCUUCAGGCAACACAGUAAGUUGACUUCCCAUAAAAGGAUCCACACAGGAGAGAAGCCAUAUAAGUGCAUAGACUGCGGAAAAAGUUUUACUAAGAGCUGUUCCCUCACAUCUCAUAGAAGGAUCCACACAGGAGAGAAGCCAUACAAAUGCAUGGAGUGUGGAAAGAGCUUCAGUUUUAAUAGUUCUCUUACUAUUCAUCAAAGGAUCCACACGGGGGAGAAGCCAUACAAAUGCAUGGAGUGUGGAAAGAGCUUCAGUUUUAAUAGUUCUCUUACUAUUCAUCAAAGGAUCCACACGGGGGAGAAGCCAUACAAAUGCAUGGAGUGUGGAAAGAGCUUCAGUUUUAAUAGUUCUCUUACUAUUCAUCAAAGGAUCCACACGGGGGAGAAGCCAUACAAAUGCAUGGAGUGUGGAAAGAGCUUCAGUUUUAAUAGUUCUCUUACUAUUCAUCAAAGGAUCCACACGGGGGAGAAGCCAUACAAAUGCAUGGAGUGUGGGAAGGGCUUCAGCAAACACAGUAACCUAAGUUCCCAUAAACGCAUCCACACAGGGGAGAAGCCAUAUAAGUGCACAGAGUGUGGAAAAAGUUUCACUAAGGGCUGUUCCCUCAAAUCUCAUAGUAGGAUCCACACAGGGGAGAAGCCAUACAAAUGCAUAGAGUGUGGAAAAAGUUUUACUAAGAGCCAUUCCCUCAUAUCUCACGGAUGUAUCCACGCAGGAGAAAAGCCGGAAAAAUGAAUGGAGUGUGGAAAUAGCUUCAGGAGGAGCAGUGACCUAAUUUCCAACACACAGACCCAUUUGGGGAUACUCAGGAAAAUGAGAAUGAAAGUGACUCCAGUGUGCUGACAUUGCAAACAAGGAAUUUAUUGACAUUUGGGAAUCCAUGGGGACCAAAAUGACAUAAUAUAGCGAACACACAAAAAUGAGAAGGGGAACUACCUCUGGGAUGUGAAGACACUGAAAAAUAAUCAGACUCGCAUCCACAGUGCAGAACUGAGAAUGGAGGUGACCAGGAUGAACACAGAACCAUGGAACCGUUUUCGGUCUAAGGCCUCAUUAUGUGAGACAAUUGUCACCUAUGUAUCAAUGACUUAUUUGUGGAUGAGCUUCAGGGUGAAGAAUUCCUCUUUCACAAAAGGAACCAGAAAGGCAAGAAGCCCUCGAAACAUGUGCAAAAACAUUUUUCAAGCAUUAGACCUUUCUAUGGUAUGACGAGGGCAAAGAAAAGGUCAAAAUUUGAUUUAAAGAAAAUUAAUUAAAUAUCAAUGGUGUGGUUACUUUCCAGGCAUGUAUUACAUUCUCCUUCUCUUUAGUUGCAUUGAAAAUUAGUAACACAGGAAAAGUUUUGGAAGGAGUUGGGUGGGGGGAGACUUCAGGGUUUAAGAGGCUCAUGCUGGCUUGAAGUUGUUUAUUCAAAAACUGGUCACCGAUUGUUCUGGCUCAAAGUGGAGAAUAAGAAAUCGGGUGACUUCCUGUGAGUGCCAUGUCGAGCUGAUAUCCUGCUGGCAGCGGGACCACAUUUAUGAGGAGUAUGAUGGCUGGAUGCUGGAUCCGGACUGGCAAAAUCUUUCCAGAAGAAUGAGAGAUUGUUGAGAUUUAUCCGCGUGCCUCUGGAUAGCCGCUCCUUGUGAGUAGACCACGGGAGCUGCCGUUUUGCGGUUGGCUUUUGAGGUGAGUGGCUGGCAUGCUUGCUCCCAGGCCCUGGUCAGCAGGUUCAUAGGGGCCCUUGCCUCUGGCUGUUGCUGCUUAAUGCCAGGUUGGUUAAAAGCAAGCUCCCCCUCAUAUGUGACUAGAUCACUGAGGAGGGGUGGACCUGGCACGUAUUACAGAGACCUGGCUGGGGCACGAGGGGGGGUGCCCCUCUCGGAAAUGUGCACCGCUGGGUUCAUGGUGUGGCACCAGCCAAGAUGCCAGGAGAGGAGGGGUGGCUGUCGUCAUCCGAGAGUCCUUGGUGGCCUUCAGGGGCAUUGCUCCACAAGUCUCUGGCUGUGAGACACUGUUUCUUACCUUGGGCUCCCGUGAAUAGUUGGGAGUGCUGCUACUGUACCAGCCUCCCUGCUGCAUGGCAACC